UUUCCGACCCCAUUGCUCAGAGCUUUUGCCUUCCAUCUCCCGUGGGGUAUUGUGGUUCAGAAGGUGCGAUUCCACUUUCUCCGCUGGCCAGGCGCCCAUGGGGAGCAAGGGGCAUUCUCGCGACCGCCGCGAUGCUCGCCGUGGCCGGGACUGCUCUGGUGUCGGCUGGCGCGGUCAUCGGGAGCAGCGCGUCGAGAACUUGAGGCGCCAACUGGCGCGCGCGGACCCCGAGCUCGCCGACGUGCACCGGGAGAAAAUUUUCACGUGUCGCCAGAAAGUGCGCUGUGCGAUGGGCCAGCUCCUGGUUGAGGCGAUGAAGUCCACGUUGGAGGACGUGCUCAAGGACAUGCGGGGCAUGGUUGAGUCUGGACGAUCCCCCCGCGGAUGCUGCUUUCCUCCCGCGCCGCCGGAUGGGCGUGCUGAAGGCGGGCGUGGGGCGUGGAGGUCAAAGAUAACGUGACGGAUCUGCGGGGGGCCGCGACUUUCGCGGAAGUCCAAGCUCGACGACGGUGUGCCGGUCAGAAUUUGGACUUUUGUCCUCGCUGAUUGGCAGCGACGCGGAGAAUUUGCAAAGACUCCGACUCUUCCAGAUACGAGGAUGUCUUGACAUCUUGGAUUAGCCUGCGGGUUACGCGCGCGCAAGAAGCUCACCAGAUUCAAAGGCUAGCGGACGAAAUGGUUGCCGUUCCACUUUUUUGACGAUUUGGGGCGCCAGUUCACUGCCAAUUCGAUCUGGUCGGCGGGACCAGCUGCGGGAUCAGCACUGCUCUCCUGGGGGCUUGGAGGUAUCGGGCGAGCGGGGUUCCGAGUGAUGCGCGCAUGCGGGCGCGUUGACUGGUCUCUGUCUCUCUCGCUCGCUCUCUCUCUCCUCCCCCCCUGUGCUCCUUUGAUUUCUCGAAGCCCCUGUGCCCCCGUGAAUUCCCGAUGCCUGUAGAUCGCCCUGUGCAGCUAUGAUUGCCUCCCGCAGAGGGGGUUCCUCGGGUCACCUGCGCUCAUGGCCGGGGAGCUGGCUGCGCAGCCUUGCGUCAUGCGAUGGUGAAAAGGCACACCGCCAUCGGACAUGCUCUCUCUCUCUCUGGCUCGUUCUCUCUCCCUCUCUCUCCAUCUCUCUCUCUCCCUCUUUUCUCUUGUCUCUCUCCCUC